CCGCUCCCUCUUUCCCUCCUCUUUGCGUCAUGUCGGGCAGUUGAUAAUUUUCCUUUCUUUCUUCCUUAAAAAAAUCUCUCCUUUAGUCCUUCCCACCUUCCACCUCUCCAUCCGUCUCCCAGGUUGAUUUCUUUCCUUGUCUCUGGGCUUGCCCAUGAGUCUCCUCGGGAACUACCGGAAAAAGACCAGCAACGAUGGUUAUGAAUCCUUGCAGCUGGUGGACAGUAACGGGGACUUAAGUGCCGGGAGCGGCGGGGGUGGCGCCAAGCAGAGAGUGAAUGUCGGGGCAGCGGCGUGGAGUCCCGCCCGGCAGCCUCCGGACCGCGCCAGCACCAUGGACAGCUCAGGUGCCUCGUCCCCAGACAUGGAGCCCAGCUAUGGGGGAGGCCUCUUUGACAUGGUGAAAGGAGGUGCAGGCAGGCUCUUCAGUAACCUAAAGGACAACCUGAAAGACACCCUCAAAGACACAUCUUCCAGAGUUAUACAAUCUGUUACCAGCUACACGAAGGGAGAUUUAGACUUCACUUAUGUUACCUCCAGAAUUAUUGUGAUGUCCUUUCCUCUGGACAACGUUGACAUAGGAUUCAGGAAUCAGGUGGAUGACAUUCGGAGCUUUUUGGAUUCCAGACAUCUUGACCACUACACGGUGUACAAUCUGUCGCCCAAGUCCUAUCGAACUGCCAAGUUUCACAGCAGGGUUUCAGAAUGCAGUUGGCCCAUUAGGCAAGCCCCCAGUCUGCACAACCUCUUUGCUGUGUGUCGGAACAUGUAUAACUGGCUACUGCAGAACCCCAAAAACGUCUGUGUUGUCCACUGCUUGGAUGGACGGGCAGCAUCGUCAAUUCUGGUUGGUGCUAUGUUCAUUUUCUGUAAUCUCUACUCGACUCCUGGCCCAGCUGUUCGAUUGUUAUAUGCAAAGCGACCAGGAAUCGGACUCUCGCCAUCCCACAGGAGAUACCUGGGCUACAUGUGUGACCUCCUAGCGGACAAACCCUACCAGCCUCACUUCAAGUCUCUCACGAUUAAGUCGAUCACUGUCAGUCCAGUCCCCUUUUUUAACAAACAGAGAAAUGGAUGUCGCCCAUACUGUGAUGUGCUGAUUGGAGAAACCAAAAUAUAUACAACCUGCACAGAUUUUGAACGGAUGAAAGAAUACCGUGUCCAAGAUGGGAAAAUCUUCAUUCCCUUGAACAUCACUGUGCAAGGAGAUGUGGUCGUUUCCAUGUAUCACUUGAGGUCAACCAUCGGGAGUCGGCUACAGGCCAAGGUGACCAACACUCAAAUAUUCCAGCUUCAGUUUCAUACUGGAUUCAUACCACUGGAAACCACAGUUUUAAAGUUCACCAAGCCUGAGUUGGAUGCAGUUGAUGUACCAGAAAAAUAUCCUCAACUAUUUCAGGUGACUCUGGAUGUAGAACUACAGCCCCAAGACAAAGUGGUCGACUUAACCCCACCCUGGGAACAUUACUGCACGAAGGAUGUCAAUCCCAGCAUCCUCUUCUCUUCUCACCAGGAACAUCAAGAUACUCUGGUCUUAGGAGGACAGGCUCCAAUAGAUAUCCCUCCAGACAACCCCAGGCAUUUUGGGCAAGGUGGCUUCUUUUCCACUCUCUGUUGGCAAGAUCAGAAAUCAGAGAAAUCAUUCUGUGAGGAGGACCACGCUGCCCUCGUGAAUCAGGAAAGUGAGCAGUCAGACGACGAACUUCUGACCCUUUCCAGUCCCCACGGCAAUGCCAGCGAUGAUAAGCACCAUGAAACCAAAAAGCCCAGCAAAAAGCAGCAGGAGCCCGCUGCCCCUCCUCCCCCUGAGGACGUGGACCUUCUGGGCUUGGAAGGGUCUACAGUGAGUAAGAACUUCUCCUCACCAGUGGCUCCUCCCACCAAUUCUGAUCUGCUCAGUGACCUGUUUGGGGCUGCAGGUGCGGCCGGCCCUGCCCAGGCUGGACAGUCCGGGGUGGAAGACGUGUUUCAUCCAAGUGGACCUGCAUCUGCCCAAUCAACACCACGCCGGUCUGCCACCUCCACCUCUGCGUCUCCAACCCUACGAGUGGGAGAAGGUGCCUCCUUUGACCCAUUUGGAGCACCUUCUAAACCAUCAGGUCCAGACUUGCUGGGUUCUUUCCUGAACACGUCCAGUGCUUCCAGUGACCCCUUUCUUCAGCCUACGAGAAGUCCUUCACCUACAUUGAUUGAUAACUAUAGAAGUGGGACACACAUUGAUGAAUCAGGUAGUUCCUGCCUUCAAGGAACUCACAAUUUAGUGAAGACAGAAUAUGCACCGUUAUAUUUCAAAGUGUGUGGUGGAUAUGGAGCUUCAAGUACACCUGCUGUGAAUAUUCAGCCAGAUGUUUCAGGAGGUUGGGACUGGCAGACUAAACCAGGAGGUUUUGGGAUGGGAAGCAAGUCAGCUGCCACCAGCCCCACCGGAUCCUCACAUGGAACUCCUACCCAUCAAAACAAACCCCAGACUCUGGAUCCUUUUGCUGAUCUUGGGACACUAGGUAGUUCUUCAUUUGCCAGCAAACCCACCACACCAACUGGACUGGGUGGGGGAUUUCCACCUCUCAGCUCACCACAGAAAGCUUCUCCCCAACCUAUGGGUGGAGGGUGGCAGCAGGGAAGUGGCUACAACUGGCAGCAGACACAGUCUAAGCCACAGCCCAGCAUGCCGCACUCCUCUCCCCAGAACCGGCCCAACUACAACGUGAGCUUCUCAGCCAUGCCUGGGGCCCAGAAUGAACGUGGGAAAGGAUCGACUAAUUUGGAAGGGAAACAAAAAGCAGCUGACUUUGAAGACCUACUUUCUGGUCAAGGCUUCAAUGCUCACAAAGACAAAAAGGGGCCUCGAACAAUAGCUGAGAUGAGAAAGGAAGAAAUGGCUAAGGAAAUGGAUCCUGAGAAAUUAAAGAUUCUGGAAUGGAUUGAAGGCAAAGAGAGAAAUAUCCGAGCACUUCUCUCCACGAUGCACACGGUGCUGUGGGCUGGGGAGACCAAGUGGAAGCCGGUCAGCAUGGCAGACCUGGUCACGCCAGAGCAGGUGAAGAAGGUGUACAGGCGAGCUGUGCUGGUGGUGCAUCCCGACAAAGCUACUGGCCAACCCUAUGAACAAUAUGCAAAGAUGAUUUUCAUGGAGCUCAAUGAUGCCUGGUCUGAAUUUGAAAAUCAAGGCCCAAAGCCCUUGUAUUAAUUUAUGAGCUUUUCCAUCUCUGCUGCAGACCUGUGCUAAUGCUUAGUGUAUGUCAGUUCUGAGGUUUUCAAAGAUGAACCAAAAACUCCAGUAACAUGUAUCCAGUACUAAACUGUUAAAUUACUCGUGAAUUACUUCCUCAAUGAUAAGGAAUGUGGAUGUUUGUUUUCUCAAGUCCCCACCAUAAAAGGUCCAAAGCAGGAGAGGACUUUUUAGUCAGCUGACCUUGCAGAGUUGCAACAUUCCAGCCUGCCCUUUGAGGAACCUCCUCAGCACAUUGUGGGGAAACGGAAAACAGACGCCACAGAAGCAUAAAACCCAUCUCAUUGUCUGGGAAUAGGAUUAAUGAGCAGAAGUCAUGAUAACAGGAUUACAUGAAGGAUUUUAACUAAUGGUUUUUAGAUUUUCUUGGAAAGAUAUAAUUUACGCAAUGGCUUUAGACUCCAGGAAUACAACCACUGAGUUUUUUGUUUUUGUUUUUUUUUUAACGGACAUUGACUAUGGUCUUUAACAUAACACUGUAUACUUUGGGUCAAGAGGACUAACAGAUGCAAGUGAACUUGAAUUGUGGGAAGUGAUUAUACUACAAUCCAGUGAUGACCACAAACUCUUAAAAUUAGUGAAAAUGUUGGAUAAAGAAAAUAGCCACUCUGUAAAAAAUUUUAAUCCUGGUCAGAAAGGUAGGCUGCUACCUUCCUAUCCCUUUAGAAAACUGGUUGCUUAAUGAAAGAAGUCUUAAUACCGUAACAACAACUCAACCUGAUUUGAAAGAAACUUCUAAUUUUGCCCUUAGGCUUAAUGCUCUUCCCUUUGCUUAGCCGAGAACAUGUUCUUAGCUUGUCGUGAAGCAGUUUGGCACAUUCACAAGUUAUCAGGACGAUCCCUAGAGUGGACUGAAUGCCCUCUAGGUUUGUGAGUGGUUGUGGUGUGAGCGUAGAAGACAACACUGAACACUCGUAACCAAACAGGUACAGUUGCAGUGAGGAAGCUGGGCUGAUCUUCAGACCCAGUCAGAUGGCUUGUCAAGAUUUUUAGGUUCCUCUCCCCAGCUGGUAGAUUGAAUUCCUUGGAUUAUCAGUGGGGUUUAUUGUUUUAAAAGUUGUUGGGGAUCCACAGGAACAGCAUUCACACAGGGACAUCUGUGAAAGCAAAGCAAGAAUGAAACCUUUACGGACUUUAAAUGGGUUGGAUUUUAGUUCACUGUUUUGGCUGUUUGUGGUUUUAAGAGGUAAGCAGUUGUUAUCCUGUGACUGUAGUAGAUCUCUUUGGUGCACACAUAGACAGUGAGCAUAGUAUAUAUAUGCAAAGCAGAUGGGCAAAAAGAUUCCCAUGAUAAUAUUGUGAAAAGCUUUCAAAAAUUGUUUUCCAAGACAAUCAUUUUUUUUCUACUUUAAUUUUCAUGUGGCAAACUGUACCAGAGAAGCAGCAUGUCAAAAUGCUUUAUGUUCCAAAUUAGAAAAAAGAAAAAAAUGCUUUAUGUUCCAUGUAGAACUUUUUUUUCCUCUUUUUUUGUUAAAAGGAUUUAUUUUCUAUUUUACUUUUUACUGACAAUGUGAAACUCGCAAAAAAUGUUCUUUUAAAAUAUACAGCUAUAAACUGUUCAAGGCAACCAUAACAAACUAGGUGUUAUUUAUUAACAUAUUAUAAAAUAAUGUUUGAUCCAGUAUGUGCUUGUCUUAUUUAAAAUUGGAAUGUGAGACAUGUUGCUGUGACUUGGUUUUAUUCUCAUUCACAUUUGUAGAUAUUGUGUGAACUACAGUAUAUAAUGAUAAUAAUUAAAAGGAUAUGUGAAUGCCACCUACAUUUUGAAAUGAUAGAACUAUAUUAGCUUUGUAUCAUGUUUGGGUAAUUCAUCACUGUUCACAGUUUAAAACAUCAUUAAACAUUAUGUAAUUAGCAAUGAGAAAGAAUCUUACCUAACUUAAUUUUGGGUUCCCCCAUCUCUUUUCCAAAUAUGUUAUAACUCUGGAGCCCUAUUUAUCUUAAAACCCUUAACAUAUGCAGACCAACAGGUUUUUGCAUUCCUUUUAAAUAUCUGGUUGUGACAGAGCUUCUUGUUGGUCAAAUUCGCCGUUUCAUUCAUUCAUAUUUAUUGUAAUAUAUUUUUGUUUUGUAAAUAUGUUACACACAACAAAAUGUGAUUGGUUUAAAAUAUUUGUAAUGUAUAUUAAAAGGCUCAAAAAUAUA